AUGCAUAUAAUUCCAGCUGCCCGUUUUAUUGUGUUCUGUUUUAAGUGGGAAGAGCUGAGGACAUCGACGUACCCUCCAAUACACAGCACCAGCCUUAAAAUGACAUCUGCUCACGCUAUCACUGGCGCAACCCCCUCAUCAUUUGCGAAGAAGUCAGAGUCACUAGAGCAUGACUGGCGAAUAGAUGGGUCAGCGACUGGUUUCGCUACUUCAAUUCCCCAUCCGAACAUUCUGAAUUACCUUGUUAUCAUAGAGCAUACUCCCUUGCAAACUCUCUUCUUUUAUCCUAAUAGCACCAUCAUUGGAGACGAGGAUGAAGGGAAGGAUGAAGAAGACCGGUAUGAAGUGAAUGGGUAUGAAGCAACGCUCUCAACCGAACGAAACGAAACGAAACGUAGUAAUCGACGGACGUCAACGUCUCACUUUCCUGCUACGUUUGUACAGCCCGGGCGACUUAGCUGUCUGUUUCGCUGCUGA